GUUAUGCCCUAGAGGUGAAAGGGCACAGCAUCGCGGUCUCCUAUUGGUCACGUCGGAAGACGGAAGCAGCAAAUGCGCGGCUUUCUCUGGCCAGAAGCGACAUUGCAGCUAAAAGCUAGCGUAACUGGAAACUCAUUAAAUGAUAUUUUGGCCAAAAAUGGGAAAUUUUACACGACUGAAAAAAUUAAUUAACGAGGAGCUUUCUAGAAGAGGCCCACUGAAGCUUAUAAAACAUCUUCAGAAGAUUAAACUGCUUAAAAGAAAAAUGAAAUGCAAAGUAUGCCACCAGGAAACAAAACUGAAGAAAAGGGUGAACAACGGAGACCAAUAUGCCUGGAUCUGUCGAGGAGCAGCCCAUGGUGGACGCGUUAAACAAAUCUCUGUCAGACACAAGUCCCUUUUCAGCCGUUCGAAAGUCUCACUUCAACACUGGAUGCAAUUUAUCUACAGAUUCUCUCAGGGUCUCAGAUUACGUCAAAUUGACAUGAUCGAUGACACCAUUGCAGGCAGUACGACAACACUUAGUAAAAUGUCCAAAAAAUUAAGGAGGGUAUGUGUGGCUGCAGUUGAAAGAAUGAGACGUCGUACAGGUCAGCAGAUUGGUGGCCGGAGGGAGUUUGUUGUGAUCGAUGAGAGUCAUUUUCGUCACAAACGAAAGGUAAGUUUUGUAAUAGAAAUUAUUUAUUACAUCUAUAUAAUGACCUUUCACAGCAUUUUUUUGCCAUUUGUCUUAAUUGUUUUCUUUCUGCAUCAGUAUGGGAGAGGAAGAAUGGCAGGGGGCUGGAAAAGAAGAAAGUGGGUGUUCGGAAUGCUGGGCAUAAAAAAUCAGCGUAAAACAAGGCCUAUCUUGCGUCUUGUGGAGAAAAGAUCUCGAAGACAUCUUGUUCCUCUGAUCACCCUUCAUGUCAGGAUUGGUUCAAAGGUGAUAAGUGAUGAAUGGCGGGCCUAUCGCGUUCUCCCAAACUUAGGUUAUGGACAUUAUACUGUUAACCACAGCAGAUGGUAUGUGGACCCUCUAACAGGUGCCCAUACCCAACAUCUGGAGAGAGCCUGGAGGUCUUACAAGGAGAGAAUUUGGAGACUCCGGGGUAACAGAAAUGACAGCCUACUAUCAGAACACCUUACAGUUAUUGAGUGGAACGAAUGGCUUGCAAAAAAGCACAAACAGGGUGCUUUAGGGAGACUGAUAUAUGACAUUUCAAAAAAGUACAGAUAAAAAAGUUACUGUUGCAACUGCAGUUUUUUUAUUCACCUUUUGAAAAUUUUAUUUGAGCACUUCAUGUAAAAACAUACAGGUCAUAAAAGUGCAUCAAGCCUUGUUCUUUACUUCAAAUACUGGCUAAUAGUGGUUCAGCAGAAUGUUUGUUUUGACAGUUGUGUGUCAAUAUUUGGAAGCAUUGUUCUGAUGUUUUAUAAUUGGCAUCUUAAAAAUAAAGUGCUUUGUGUAUCUGUGUUGUCCUUUAUUUUUGUUACAAUGUAUUUUGAAAAACUUUCACAUUUAUUAAUAGGUUGUAAGGUAUAUAUAGUCUCCACUUUAGAUGAGCUCACUCAAAAUACUUAACUAAGAAGUAGUAAAUGGUUUGUAACGUUCUAAAGUAGUUUAUUAAUGUAUUUAUAAUAAUUGAUAGAUUAUCUAUUGAAAAAGAAGUGGGUCGCUAGGGAGCUGCAUCUUUGGAAGCCGUUAAGUGACAAUUGUAAAUGUAUUGUAAGACAUCUGUUAACAUUUAGUAGCUGACAGAUGUAGUCGUGAGAUUCAGUGUUUAGAAAACAUCUAGUGAGACUCAAGUAUGUGUAGUAAAUGUUUAGUUUAUAGUAUUAUAUAGGGUAUAUUAACUAUUUACUUACCCUUUACCAGUGGGGUUGUAUACUGUUUUACAUCAUGAAAGGACUGGUUUGUACAUGAUGGAGAGCAGAGUUUAUAAAUGAUUUAUCAAUGACUUAUAGAUCAUGAAACAUCAUGAAUAAAAAGUGUGACAUAGUAGCUUCUUCAUCAUGAAUAAAGCCUUAAUAGUGGUGCUUGUAAGCCAUUAAGUAAUUAUGAUCAUGUUUUUUCAGAUGCUUUACAAAUGAUUAAAUAACCAUUAACCAAUGCUUUACUGAUGAUUAACUAAUGCUUAAUAGUGUGCACUUAUUAUAAAGUGUUACCAAUGAUUUCAGUCUUGGGUUUCUCCACUAAGAACCUUUGUUGACUUUUCUAGUUUCAGUUUGCUUGCUGGUCAUUUAAAUUCCACCUAUUUUCAUCAUAAAAAUGUGUUGAAACUAUCUAAGAUGUAUUGACCUUGCAAUGAAUUUUUUAUAUUAACAGAGAGACAUAAUUGCCAAUGUUUUCUUACAGGAAGUUGAAGCUCUUUAGGUUUGGGGCUGAGCUUUGUCAGUUUACCAUACCAUACCAUACCAUCUUUAUUUAUAAAGCACAUUUAAAAACGGCAUGGCAGCCGACCAAAGUGCUGUACAGAAUAAAAAGUAAAAACACAAUAUAAAACAAUAUUUCUCCUGAGGGGUUCCCAGUCCUGUUCUUUGGGUUUUCUUUGGGACGGUUGUUGUUUCCCUCAGGUCGCCCAGUUUGUCACGCCUGCAGUUCAUUCAGUUAAGUAGUCCAUCUGCCUUUUUGCCCAACUGGCUUCACUCUGUAACCACCCUUCUAGGCAGUUAAAUAGUCCUCUGGUUCUACCUCCUGCCCUGUUUGUUUCUUUGGCUGGCUUCUUGUUGCUUUUCAAGCUGCUCUGAGAUUUGUUUUUGUAGACGUGCAUUCAUUUUCUUGUGUUUUUUGCUGACAUGCUA